AUGAUGGAUCGUAUACAUGACGCCAUUAAGUCGGUAACCAUGUUUGUUGAAAGUCGUCUUUUCCUGGUCGAUUUGGAGAUCGGUCGCUCGGUUGUCCUACCAGAGUCCAUUGAAGGACGUUCAUUGAAACCGAUCGGCUUCUUCUCUUCAAAAAACGAAUCGAAAUCUCCCACCGGCGAAUAUAAUAACCUUGGCACCUAA